UGCUAAUCACCCUUCCGUCGUAUUUGAAAAUGCCAAUAAGAAUGUCGCGAGCUCCGAAGCUGCUAAUGUUAACAUAUUAGACAUCUCCGCCUUUAACGCUGCCGAAGCCGCUACCGCAGUUGACAAAGAACAACACACCACCUUCUUGCUCGGCAAACGUAAUUUCUUAAAUUAUCGUGGCAACAUACCUUUUCUCGUACUUGAAAACGCUGUUAAGAAUAUUGCAUCCUCUGAAGCCGCUCAUAUUAACCAAUUCGAUUUGGAAGCUCUGAACUCCGCAGAAAACGCUGCCAGUGUUAAUAAUGAAAAACACACUACUUUCUUAUUCGGCAAACGUAAUCCUUUUAUCGUACUUGAAAAUGCUGAUGAGAAUAUUGCGUCCGCCGAAGCUGCUCAUGUUAAUCAAUUUGAUGUCCAUGCUCUAAAUGCCGCAGAAGCUGCCAAUAGUGCAGAAAGGGAACAGCAUGACACCUUCUUAUUAGGAAAACGUAUGAUCUUAUAUCAAGAUCCUGAUAGGUAUACUGCGUCCUCCGAAGCUGCUAAUGUUAAUCAAUUUGAUGUCCAUGCUCUAAAUGCCGCAGAAGCUGCCAAUAGUGUAGAAAAACGUAUAAUCUUAUAUCAAAAUCCUGAUAAGCAUACUGCGUCUGCCGAAGCUGCUAAUGUUAAUCAACUUGAUGUCCAUGCUCUAAAUGCCGCAGAAGCUGCCAAUAAUGAAGAAAAGGAACAGCAUACCACCUUCUUAUUGGGAAAACGUAAUUUCUUAAAUUAUGGCCGCGGCAUACCUUUUGUCGUAUUCGAAAACGCUAAUGAGAAUACUUAA